AAACAAUCACAUCCUGCUCACUUCAUAUACCAUAUUUCCUAAGUACAGCCAUCCAUUUCCCCAAGAUGCCUGAGGGACCGGAGCUGCACCUGGCCAGUCUGUUUGUGAACCGCGUCUGUGCUGGGUUGGUGUUCUCUGGACCAGUAGAGAAAUCUGAGGUCAGUAAGAAUAGCGAGGUGCCCUUCACAUGCGAUGCCUACUGCAUCACAGCGACCUCCCGGGGCAAGGAGGUCCGACUGACCCUGACCCCCAUCAAGGAGGAGGGGGAGCCUCAGGCUAGUCCUGGGGGUAAGGCCUGCCAGCCCAUGGACAUUGUCUUCCGGUUUGGGAUGUCAGGCUUCUUCCGAUUCACUGCUGGGAGCGAGAUCCCCAAGCACGCCCACCUGCGCUUCUACACCAAUGAGACGCCUCGGAGAGCGCUGAGCUUCGUGGAUGUCAGGCGCUUCGGGAGCUGGGAGCCCAACGGGGACUGGCAGACUAACAGGGGGCCCUGCAUCAUGUUUGAGUACCAGAGCUUCAGGGCUAACGUGCUGUCGAACCUGUCAGAUCGAGCUUUUGACAAGCCCAUCUGUGAAGCGAUGCUGAACCAGAAAUACUUCAAUGGGAUCGGAAACUACCUGCGAGCCGAGAUACUGUACAGGCUAAAGAUCCCCCCCUUUAUGAAGGCAAGGACUGUCCUGGACGGGCUGCUGCCAAAGAAAAGAGAGCUGCUGGAAGUGAAACCAGGACAAGGGCAGUGCCAGUCGCAUCAGGAUUCUGAGAUGAGUCUGAGUCAGAAGAUCAAAGUGCAAAUGGACAGUCAAGACUUUCUCGACCUCUGUCACUCUGUGCCAAUGGAGGUCAUUAACUUGGGCGGUAAGGGUUACGAUCCUGAGAAACCAGAUGAUUACUCUAUGUUCCAGGCCUGGAUGCAGUGUUACUGUGUGUUAGGGAUGAAGUCCCUGAGAGAUCACAAUGGCAGGACCAUCUGGUUCCAGGGAGAACCUGGUCCCUUGGCACCAAAAGUAUCCAAAUCUCCAAAAGCAAAGAGGAAGGGGAAGAGUCGGAGAGAAGACAAAACUGACAAACAGCAGGGAGUCAAAGAGGAGCCACCAGCAAAGGGAAUUAAAAAAGAGAAGGGAGGUGCGCAGAAGAGAGUGAAAAGUCACAUUGAAAGUAAGAAGAUGAGAGAGAACGAGAGGAAGGGCUCAAGGAGUAGUGAGGGGAGGAAAAAGAAAAGCAAACCGGAAAAGGAUGAGGACGCUCCUGGGACGGCAGUGCCAAGGAGGCAGCUUCGAAGAAGCACGCGGACCAAGUCUAAGGACAACUAAUCCCGCAACUAAUCCCACACACAUCAAUUUUUUAUAGAAUAUUGUGAAAACAUUAAAGUU